AUGCUAAUUUUUGCGCUUCUCAUUUUCUUGCCGCAAAUUCCUCCUGUUGUAAGUGAUAAUUUGCCCACAUCGGCUGCCGGCUGUCAGUGCGCCGAUGAUCAUACGAGUCAAUUCACGUGGGGUGUGGAAGUAGAAGACGACGAAGAAGAAAAUGAUGAUCAUGAUAACGACGAACAAAUUCUUUAUCUACUCACCAACAACUCGAACGCGGUCGACUGUAGCACUACCGUAACCUGGGGUAAUAGCAGCACACAAAUUGAAUAUGGUAAAAACGAUGAAGCCCAAACUGUAGCUGCUAAAAUACAGCAUAAUUCAGUGCGGCAAAAAACACUGCUAUGGCCAGGUGGUCGGAUACCGUAUACGAUUUCACCGUCUUACAGUGAAUCCAGUCGAUCAAUUAUCCAAGAAGCGUUUGAGGAAUAUAUGCGCCAGACAUGCAUUCGUUUUAUCCCAAAGCAGCUACUGGAUUUAGAUUUCAUUGAUAUUAUACCAGAUGAUGGUUGCUAUUCAAUGGUUGGCAAUAAUGGUGGCAGACAAGCAGUUAGUUUGGGCGACGGCUGUUUAAGGAAAGGCAUUGCAAUACAUGAAUUAAUGCAUGUUCUCGGAUUCUUUCAUGAACAAAGUCGUGCAGAUCGUGAUUCUUACGUUGAUAUUCACUGGGAAAACGUGGAUCCGACACUCGUUGAUAUUGAAAUUGGUCAACGACGCGGCUUUUCCAAUCUGGACGUCUGGAAAAUCAAUAAGUUAUACAACUGCACCGGCUAUUCAGGUAAGUUUUCGGUUCUCUGUGCAAAAAAAACUUGUUCAUUGAACAGUAGAAAUCUGGGUAAUACACUUUAUCAAGAGCUCUGUGUGGGUUUAUUGAAAACGUAUACAACUUAA